AUGUCACUAUCAAGAGAUCCCAAAGACAAAAACCAUGUAUUGUCAAUGAUUAAACAUAUACAAUUUGCAAUGCUAACAACAACUGAUAAAGAAAAUAAUUUACAUUCACGUCCAAUGGCAUACAAACAGGUGGAAAAAGAUGGUGAACUUUGGUUUUUCACUCGUGCUGAUUCGCAUAAAGUGGGAGAAAUAAAGAAAAAUAAUCAUGUUAAUGUCACAUUUUCUGAUCCAUCAAAGCAAAAUUAUGUGUCAAUGUGUGGUAAAGCUGAAUUAAUACGAGAUAAACAAAAAGCCAAAGAAUUAUGGAGUGAUUAUUUGAAAGCAUGGUUUCCAGGCGGUCUCGAUGAUCCUGAAUUAGCACUUCUUCGAAUUGAUGUUGAAGGAGCAGAAUAUUGGGAUUCAGCAUCGAAUUUAAUGACGCGUGCGGUUGGCUACGUUAAAGCUGCUUUGGGUGAUGCCAAUAUAUUAGAAGGUGAAAAUAGAAAAGUCAAUUUUCCAUGA